CUUCCAGGACAUUACAACUCAUGCUCCAGCAAUAAGAAAUCAAGAUAUUUCUCAGUCCCCUGUAUUUUAAGUCAAAUCCUGGGAUUUGGAUUUUGGAUACUCUGCGAAAAUGGGGAGUUUGGGCGCGAUUUUGAGGCAUCCCGAUGACUUCUACCCGCUUGUGAAGCUCAAAAUGGCGGCCAGGCACGCAGAGAAGCAGAUCCCUCCCGAGCCACACUGGGCUUUCUGCUAUAGCAUGCUUCACAAGGUGUCUCGUAGUUUUGGUCUCGUCAUUCAGCAGCUCGGAACCGACCUUCGCGACGCUGUUUGCAUAUUUUAUUUGGUCCUUCGAGCCCUUGAUACCGUUGAGGACGAUACUAGCAUAUCUACAGAUGUUAAGGUGCCAAUAUUAAUAGCUUUUCAUCAUCACAUAUAUGAUCGUGAUUGGCAUUUUUCUUGUGGGACAAAGGAGUACAAAAUCUUAAUGGACCAGUUUCAUCAUGUUUCAACUGCAUUUCUGGAACUUGGAAAGAACUAUCAGGAAGCAAUUGAGGAUAUUACCAAAAGGAUGGGAGCUGGAAUGGCCAAAUUCAUUUGCAAAGAGGUGGAAACAGUCGACGACUAUGAUGAAUAUUGUCAUUAUGUAGCAGGACUUGUUGGGAUGGGUUUAUCCAAGCUUUUCCAUGCCUCCGGUUUGGAAGAUUUGGCUCCAGAAUACCUCUCUAAUUCAAUGGGUUUGUUCCUUCAGAAAACAAACAUUAUCCGAGAUUACCUAGAAGAUAUCAAUGAGAUCCCAAAGUCACGCAUGUUUUGGCCUCGGCAGAUCUGGAGUAAAUAUGUUUUCAAACUUGAGGACUUGAAAGAAGAAGACAAUUCUGUCAAGGCAUUGCAAUGCCUCAACGACAUGGUCACCAAUGCAUUGACGCAUGUUGAAGAUUGCUUACUGUACAUGUCUAACUUAAGAGACUUAGCUAUAUUUCGUUUUUGUGCUAUUCCGCAGAUCAUGGCCAUUGGGACUCUUGCAUUAUGCUACAACAACAUUGAAGUCUUCAGAGGUGUAGUUAAAAUGAGGCGUGGUCUAACUGCCAAGGUGAUUGAUCGGACAAAGACAAUGUCAGAUGUCUAUGGUGCUUUCUUUGACUUUUCUUGUAUGUUAGAGUCCAAGGUUGACAAGAAUGAUCCCAAUGCAAGAAAAACAUUGAGCAGGGUAGAAGCUAUACAAAAGGCUUGCAGAGAAUCUGGUCUCCUAAGUAAAAGGAAAUCUUAUAUUGUGAAGAACGAGCCUGGAUAUAACUCAGCCACGUUUCUGAUACUCAUUCUCGCACUGGCUCUCAUUUUCGCAUAUCUCUCCGCCAACCGUGAUAACUGAUCUAGCGUGAGAUAGCAAUGUUACAGUGCUGGGUUGAUUUAUUAUCCAUAAUGUGGAUGUUCAAGAUCAUAAGGAGGAUGGCUGGUGUUGGUUGUGCUAUAUUUUGUGCGGAAGAGGUGACGUGUCCAGGAAGUCAGAUGUGGUUACUGUGUCAGGGUGUAGCUUCCUGCGUUGUAUUUUUGCUUUACCCUACUGCCACCCAUAGAAUUGUCGUUUACAUGGCGCACUGUUAUUGGCUGUUACACACAAUAACAGUAAUCAAGUUGCCACCGGUGAACCUUUAUUGUGGAAAUGACUGUUAAUUUGUGGUUGGGUACUUGGCCAUAAAGCCAUCAAAAGAUUUGGGAUUAUAAGAAGCCAUGAUGUUAAGAAGUAGAAAGGAUUUUCUUUCUGCUUAUAUGAAAAUAUGUUGGUGUUCAUUAUA